AUGCCAUCCCCGGACAACCCCAACCCCACCCUCCCCUCCCCACCCUUCUACACCCACAUCCCCAACAUCAACAACCUGCGCCUCGCCACCCACUCCCUCACCACCACCUCCGGCGCCACCCUCCGCCCAGACAUCCUCUUCCGCAGCGCCGAAGUCGCCAAGCUAGACACCGCCGGCUGGACCGCCGUUCGCGAUAUCGGCGUAGGCCACGUCUUUGACUUACGCAGCAAGCCGGAAGUGGAGAAAGGAUGGGCCGGCAUCGUCGGCGACGAUGCAUCCGGCAAGCAAGAUUUCAGACCAGGCUGGAUCCAAGCCAUGGAGGAAGCAGGUGUGAAACGCACGUGGACACCCGUGUUCUCAGAUGAAGACUAUAGUCCUGAGAAGUUGGCGGAGAGGUAUGCGAAUUACAUGGAUGAGGAUGUUAAGGGGUUUGUCGAGGCUUAUGCUAGUAUUUUGACUGAUGGGGGGAAGGCAUAUGGGACUAUUUUGCGGUAUCUGGCUGGUCUGUCUUUGCCGGCAUCUGAUGGUACCAGCAACAACGGCAAAGAGGACGAGAAGCGAGGAGCGCUUAUUCACUGCACAGCCGGCAAAGACCGAACAGGAAUCUUCUUCGGCCUCCUCUUCGAUUUCCUCGGUGUGCCGCGCGAGCAGAUCGCCGAGGAGUACCAACUCACUGAACUCGGCCUCCGCCCUGCGCGGGACGAGAUUGUGGAGCGCUUGUUGACGAGUCCCGGGUUUAGGAAGUAUAUGCUUGCGCAAUCAACCGGGCGACCUCUAUCGAAGGAGGAGAUGGCACAGAUUAUCCAAGGAAGGGAUAGCGAAGGUUCUGAUACGUCGAAGUUUCCGCCUGAGAUUCUGGAGAAGGGAAGGCAGGCUGCGUUGAGGAUGGUGGGGUCGAGGAAGGAGAGUAUGUUGGCGAGUUUGGAGAUGUUGAAUGAGCGGUUUGGGGGUGCGGAGAGGUAUAUGAGGGAGAAGUGUGGGCUUGGGGAUGGGGAGUUGGAGGCGCUGAGGAGGAAUUUGGUGGUUGAGAAGAAGGAGUGA